AGAGCCCCCCACACUCCCACCAGGAGAGCUGCUCCGCAUGACCUGUUUAGUAGAAAUGGGAAUUCUAGUAUUAUACAUUUAACUUCAACGUUGGGAGGAAGUUAGUAGUGAUCUUACUUUAAUACCAGAACAGAGAGAAGGAGGAAUGUAUAUUUUGAGCGGUGAGUUACUGCAGGUUUUACAAAACGCUGUUGGAGUCGUUUAGUUAGUAAAGCCGUGACUGUUCAUCGCCACGACUUCUAUCUUUUACAGCUGAAACGGUCAAACGCAGCGCGGUUCUCCAACUGAACCCGAUGUGCUGUGCAGGACACCCAGUAGACCGGAAAGCGCGGGAAAGAGAACAAAGACGGUCUUCAGCUCGGAGGAGGAGAGCGGGGUGAAGGAGAGCUGGGGGUUGUCCGCCAAGCGAGCCGCUGAUCAUCGUCCAAUGAGCGUUUGACAGCACUGUGAGGGCGGAGCCUGAUCUAUUUGAAUAUCGCAGUGUAAAUAAGCCGCUGCCGGGCGCUCCUCCUCAUUCUUCAGUCUGACUCGAAGAGGAGAGCCAUGCCUGAACCCGCCAAGUCCGCCCCGAAGAAGGGAUCGAAGAAAGCCGUGACCAAGACGGCCGGCAAGGGAGGAAAGAAGCGCAGAAAGACCAGGAAGGAGAGCUACGCCAUCUACGUGUACAAGGUGCUGAAGCAGGUCCACCCCGACACCGGCAUUUCGUCCAAGGCGAUGGGCAUCAUGAACUCGUUCGUCAACGACAUCUUCGAGCGCAUCGCCGGGGAGUCGUCCCGUCUGGCUCAUUACAACAAACGCUCCACCAUCACGUCCAGGGAGAUCCAGACCGCCGUGCGCCUGCUUCUUCCCGGCGAGCUGGCCAAGCACGCCGUGUCCGAGGGCACCAAGGCCGUCACCAAGUACACCAGCUCCAAGUAAGAAGGGACCCGGACUUCAUCAAACCCAACGGCUCUUUUAAGAGCCACCCACGGCUUCGCUUUGAGAGCUUUUCUCUGAGAAGUAGUAGUGAGCCUUGUUCACCUUUUCCCGCGCGACUUCUCCAGCGCGCUCUGCCUCUGACACACAUAUUACUGUGUGUAUGUAAUAAACGCUGUUUGGUGUAUUUAAAUGUAGUAACACGGUUAAUGUGCGGCCUGAUGAGCUGCUUUUUGAGGAAAAUGGCUUAACUUGUUUUUCGCUUUCUGACUGUGAGAGAUUGAGAGAACUCAAACUGCAUUAAUAAAAUAAAGGCUAUAGUAACAGUUUGAUUUUA